AUGGAAAAUAUAACUGACAUAGUCAACAUUGAUCAGACAUAUCAACAACCUAUUCAAUCUUCAACGAAUGUAUCACACGAAACUGCAAUUCGGAAUGUGCUUGAGAAUGCAUUUAACUCUCAGACCGAAGCUUAUAAUGAUGAAAAGGAGCGUAUUAAAGUUAUUAUUAUUGAAGAAAUUACAGAGCGCAAGUCCAACUUACUUCAAGUUAAAAAUUGUAUAGAGAGGGAAUAUGAGAAAUCUCUCAGUUCCAUUGAUAAUGCAUAUAUCGAACAAAAAUACAUGAAAUACUGCACAGAGCUUUGGAUGGAAAAAGUAACAGCCCUAGUACAAGCAACAACUGAGUGUAAUGAUACCAAACUAAUUCAAACAAUAUUAAGUUCAAUAGAUAAAAUUAAAACGUUAAGUGACAUUCCUGAAUCAUUCAAGCAACUUGAAUAUUAUAAAAAUUUAGUAGAUCAUUAUCAUUUCAUAAGUGAAAACAAGAAAAAAAAUCUUAUAAGUCAAUUUAAGGAAGAAUGCCUGGUACCAAUAUUUGCCUAUAGUGCCACUGCACAAAAAGAAUCGAUAUUUUUAGAAGCUUUCGUUGACUUACUAAGUUCUUCCAGAAAUAUACAGUCAAUUAUUAAUAAACUGAGACUAGCAGAUUUUUGUAUGGGUGUUACAUACAAUGGUACUCCUGGUGAUGGCAGCGAUGGUUAUCCUGGAGAGAGUGGUGGUAAUGUGUUGAUUUUAGUGAACAAAAUAGAAAACCCCGAAAACUUCACUAUUAUUUCCAAUGGUGGAAAUGGUAGUGUUGGUCAGGAUGGAGGAGAUGGGAAAAAUGGAGUUGAUGGAAAAGGUAUAAUAAAUUCCGAUUUUUGUGAAAAGUUUCCACCCGUUUCUAAGCUUUUUUGCUAUUCACGUUGGAAAAAUGUAGAAAAAACUAUUAAUAGUAUCAAAUCUGAUUUACAAGAAAUAAAAAUUGGAUGGUAUAGAGAUUGGACUUUCUGUGAUCCUUACACUAAAAAUGUUUUCAAUGAUAUUCAUGAUGCAAUUAUUGCUGAUGGUGAUAUUUUUCUAAAUACUAUCACAGAACAAGGAAAUGAGAUCACAUUUUCCUAUCAGGCACCAAAUUUGUUUUACAAUUGUCAAUCAUUUUUACUUUACAAAGGCUCAUUAGGUAAACCCGGAAGUCCAGGUGGAAGAAAUGGAAUAGGCGGUCAAGGUGGAUAUCCCGGCGAUAUUAUAGUAAGAAAUGUAGCAACAAAUCAGCAAAUUCUUGUGACAACACAAUCCAAAGAAGGCACAGCGGGAAAAAAUGGAAAAGCAGGAAAAUAUGGUAAUCAUGGGAAAAAUGGUUGGGAUAUGGGUUAUAUUGACUAUUCAAUUGGUGAUAAAUGGCCAAAAAUUUUCGGAACAGAUCAGAACAGUAAACUGAUGUUAAAAUACCAUGAAGAUAAUUCAUCAGAACGAGUUCAUUGUCCUUACAAAAUUGACAAUUAUGAUAAAUAUUCAUAUGUUGAAAUCACAUCUUCGAAUAUCAUGGACAAAAAGGAAACAAAAUAUGAAGAAAGGAACAGUGAUGAAUUAAAUCGAAACAGACAGCAUCAUGCGCAAGCUGUUCGAAAAAAAAAUAUUUCUCAAUCUAAUAUAGAAGCCAAUUACUCUGUUUAUUGUAACAACACUACUGAUAAAAAUUCUAUAAAAAGUAUGCAACUUGAAAUAGAAAAAAUCAACCAACAAAUUCGUCAAGCAAUGACAGAAAAUCAGGAAGCACAGAAAAACCAAACGACUGAGUCCAAAAUUGAGUGUAAAUGGAAGUUCAUUAAACAGAAAGAUUAUAAUUAUAAAGAGCGGAAGGACUUAAAACGCAUUAUUAGAUCUGAUCGAACUGAUCGAAAAUCUAUUCAGGAUUUGCUCAACGAGGUUAAAUGUCCACAAUCAAAUUUCGACAACUGGUUCCAUUUACAAGACAUUGAGAUAAAAAUCGACGAAAUAAAUGAGUUCUUAUCAUAUUUUGAAAUAUGGAAAAGUGAAAUCCUUAAAAAAGGAAGUAAGUUGACUAAUACACAAAAUAAAUUGAAAGAAAUAGAAUUACUUUUGAUUGACAAGUAUAGAUUUGCCACUCUUCAAGUAAUUGCAAUGCAACUAGUAUCCCAUAAUAAAGUAAAAUCUAAAAUAGAAUUGACUGCCGAAACUGUAUUAAAGUAUCUUGUUAAAGACAAAACAAAGAACAACGACAUAUCUCAUUCAAUUUUGGGAACUCUAAGUCAAUAUCUAUAUGAAGACAAGAAGGAGCAACGUGAAAAGAUCGUUAACUAUUGUGAAACAGAUUUGCUGAGUUGUGAUGAAAACAUUCAAAGUUUUAAACGUUCCAUUCAAGUAUUUAUUUUAGAAGAACGAAAAUCUGAAGUAGAUUUUCUCGACUGUUUAAAAAAAUAUUUUAAUGAAUAUACUCAAUUUUUAGAAGAGAAGGAUCACAAAUUCAAAACAUUUUUUUGUGCAUUUAAACGAGAACUAACUAAGCCGUUGCAUAGAAAAGUAUUAGAUUUGUGGAAUCGAAGCAUUAAAGACGUAUCUUUAAAACAAGAACUAAAAAAUAAAAUAAAAAACGAUAAAUUAUUAAAUGCUCUGUAUAUACGUUUUAAUAAACAACUUACUCUUCAAUAUGACUGGGAAAAAUGUUGUAAAGAUAAAGAUGUUCUGAAGGAGUACUAUAACUAUAUUCGAGGAAAAGGGCCACUAUCUAAAAGUUAUAGAGAAUUAUUGGCUCAUUUAUUUAAUGUGAAUAUUAGAUUGUACAUUUCUGAUAUAAAGUACGAUUUAUCUCUCCGAGACAAUCACAAUCCUUCAUCUAAAAUUGCUAUUCAUGCAGUGCAAAUUUCAAAUGAAUUCAUACAAUAUAGUAUCGACGAAAAUUAUUUAAAACUUGUUGAAGAACGUGAAUAUAAAAAUGUGAAUUGUUUUACAGAAAAUGAUAUUAAAACUUGGGUUAAGAAAAAUUCAGGUUGUAACGAAUUGAAUGUAACACUUUUAGUAAUCAAUAGAGCAAUACAGCUAAAGCGAGGAUUUAAACUCCGUGCCACUCAAAUAUUAACUGUGCUAGCAUUUUUAACCACCGAUCAAAGUACCUUAGCUCAAGUAUCAACCGGAGAGGGAAAAACUCUCAUAAUUGUAGCAAUAUCACUUAUAAAACUACUACGAGGAGAAAUGGUGGAUAUAGUAACAAGUUCUUACGUGUUGGCCAAACGCGAUUCAGAAACUAAUAAGGACAUAUACAACUUGUUUGGUUUUGAUGUGUCUCACAACUGCAGUGAAGACAUUGAGAAAAGAAAGGAAAUUUACUCGUGCAACCAAAUAGUAUAUGGUGAUCUAUCCAAUUUCCAACGUGACUAUCUAUUGGAUAGGUUUUACGGAAAAAAUAUUUUGGGACAUCAUGACUUUGCCAACAUAAUAGUUGAUGAAGUAGAUAGUAUGCUACUUGAUAAAGGUAACAAUAUGCUAUACCUAACUCACGAUAUCGCAGACUUAGAUAAACUAAGUUCUGUUUUUAUUUAUAUUUGGCAAUGGAUUAAGAGACCAGUUAAAUAUUCUGACGAUUUUAUAUCUCUAUUUGAUACUGAAGCAAUAAAAGAAUCAGUAUUAAACGAGCUAUAUGGAUAUGUGAAAAAAGAAGACAUCGGAAAUCUUGGAUCUGAUUUAAGUGAUCAACAUAAAACUAUUAUAUGGCAACGUUUAGUGAGUGCUGAUAUUAUAGACAAUCAUGGUAAAUUAUUGAAGGAAAAUAUUAAUGACAGUCAACUUAAUGAAAUACUUUUACCCGAGUUUAUUACCUAUAAAGAUCGACUCAAUUAUCUAUUAAUCGAAUGUAUUAAAAGAAAUACAUAUAUUCGUGUUCCCAAUUAUCUCAAAUCAUUUGUUGAAAAUCAUCUUGAUUCAUGGAUCAACAAUGCCAUCACUGCGUUCUUUAUGAAAGCAGAACGAGAUUAUGUAGUGGAUAUAGACAGAUCUGGAACUUAUGCAGAUCGUAACCCAAUUAUUACAAUUAUUGAUACAGAUACUGGAACAGAUGAAGUGAACUCCCAAUGGGAUGAGGGACUACACCAGUUUUUACAACUUAAACAUGGAUGCAAAAUAACUUCACAAAGUUUAAAAGCUGUUUUCAUCUCUAAUAUUUCAUUUUUUAAAUUAUACCGCACUUUAUAUGGACUAACGGGAUCAUUAGGAUCACAAAGAGAAAGAGACUUAUUAAAAGAAAUACAUAAAGUUGACUUUGUGACUAUUCCAACAGCUGUACCAAAACAAUUUCAAGAGUAUAAACCUAUUCUUUGUAUUAACAAGAAGGAAUGGAUAACUUAUAUAAAACAAGAAGUAAAUAAAAUCAUAGAAGAAAAUUAUCGUUCUGUUUUAAUCAUCUGUGAGACUGUACAUAAUGUGGAAGUUUUAUACAAAGCAUUCGGAGGAAGAACUGCAAGAGGUGUUCACAAAUAUGUUCGUGAUUACGAAGAGUUCGAUGUAGCUCAAGGCAAGAAGGAAUUAGAUCAGGGACAGAUUAUUAUUGCAACUAAUUUAUCUGGUCGGGGUACUGAUAUAAAAAUUACUAAAAAGUUAAGGGAGGCAGGAGGAUUGCACAUUUGUCUAACAUAUUUACCAAGAAAUAUUCGAGUUGAACAACAAGCGUUCGGCCGAGCAGCACGAUGUGGAGAUAGAGGUUCCGGUCAGCUUAUUAUUCUAGAUUCAUACGGAACGGAAAAAAGUAUUGCAAAAGUAUUAGAUCUGAAGAAGGAACGUGAUAUAAACGAAGUAUAUCGUAUAUCAAAUAUAAAAACAUACUACGACUUUCAAAUUUAUGAGGAAGAAAGGUGUUUUAAUGAGUUUAAAAAACAAUUCGAGGAACUGAAAAAAAUUCUUAGUGUUCAAAACGUGCGUUCUGAAAUUAAAGAAAUUCUCCUACGAAGCUGUUUAGAUCAGUGGACUUUUUGGUUAGAUAAAAAUUGUCAUCAUAUAAAAAUGAUAUCAGAUGAGCAACAAAAACAUAAUUUUUAUAAACGUUUUGAUGAUUUCAUUACAAAAUUGAAAAAUUUCAACUCUGAGUGUAGCAGAAAUUCCUCCGUUCAUCGUAGAAACUAUAACGAAAAUUGGUUAAAUUGGGUCGAUGGAAAUCCGGUUCAAAUGAUCAAACUUGGAAAAUAUUUCUCGCAAAAUAAUGAGCACAAAAAUUCAAUUAAAGAUGCUAUUCGUUUAUUUGACGAUGUAAUUAGAAUGGAACCAUAUUUUAGCGAAGCUGCUCAUUACUACAAAGCAUUUGCGUUAACGAAAUGUAAUAGGGCGAGUUCAAAACAAUUUGAGAUGGAGUUACAAAUAGCUGCUAAACUCAUAGAUGAACAUAUCAGGUUUGUUAUGAUUACGUCUGGUAUCAUAAAUGAGAUUAAGGAAAACAAUAAUAGUAUUAUACGAAUAAAUGCCUUUAGGGAACAACAAGAGAUCACACUUAAACUUUACCAUAUGUUUUUACAAUCUAUAGAUGAUAUAUUUGGUCACAAUAUAACACCACAAUCUUUCUCUAAUUAUGAUAUCAAUGAAGAACUGUCUGAAAAAAUAUAUAAAGAUCUCAUUAAAAACAAGAUUCUAAGUAAAAUGAAAGUAAAACACAAUAUUUCCGAAGAUGAUAUAGACACAAUUUGUUUUAAUUAUGGAAUAUCUACAGAUAUGUUGAAAUCAUUUCUUUCCAAAUAUGUAGAUAUCAAUGAAAGUGCAUUUCUUAAAGACUUGAAAAAAGAAAUCAAAUUACCUAACAAAGAAGAAUUUUGGAAACUUCUCAUGGAAAAAAACGUCUUAAUUGAUGACGUACAAUUCAUUAUUGUAGACAUUGAAAAAUUGAAUGAAAUUGAUCCUUCAUUACUAGAUUCUUUGCGCUCUCAAAAUGAGUUCGAGCAGAAAUCUUUGGACGACAAUAAUGGGUAUAUUCUUUUCAAUACGUCUGUUAUUCCUAGAACGCAAAGGUUUAUUACUUUUAAAAAAGACGAAUUUGUUAAAUAUGUAGGAAAGGAAAAAUAUAAAUCACUUAAGAAAAAGAGAAUAUUUUCAUUUAACAGAAAAUCUCUUUUAAAUAUAGUCAAUACAAAGUCGAUAACUUUUCCCUGUUACGAUUCGAUUACUCCAGAAGAUUUUAAUAAAAUAAAUAUUAAUAAUAAUGAGGCAGUAAAUAUAUUAACAGAACUUUGCGAACAAAGUGUUAUUGAAGAUAUAGGAAACAAUAUUUAUAGAUUAAAAAUCAAAUUUUACGAAAUCGAACAAAUUAAGCUGCGAUACUGCCCAGUUUAUGAAAAUGACGUGAAAACAUUAUUAUCUCUAUGUUUUAGUUAUAGAAUCGAUUUUCAGAAACUUGAAGAACAGAGUCAGAAAAAUGCUCCUAUGUGUUUACAAAUAAUGUCAAAACCGCAUUUGGAUUUAUUUUUCGAUUUAAUAGAAAACAAAUUAAUCAAAUGCAAUACAGUGAUUACUCAUAAUAAAGAUUUAGAAGAAAAGUUAAAGCAAAUCUAUAAACGAGAAAUGAAUAAAGAUGAUUUCAUGCUUCUAAUAUCUCAAGAUAAACUUAUUCCAGAUGAGUGUAAAGAACUUCUUUUAAACCACUUGAUUAAAAAAAAUUGGCUUCGCUCGACACCGAUAGGUUAUAACAUUAACACUGAUGAUAUGAGACAAAAACCAUUGAACUUUAAUGCUGAAACAACUUACAAAAUCCAAGAAAUUGAUAAAACUGUAGAAAAGAUUCUUGAUAAUGAGCUGCACUUAGCGAAAAUUGAAACAAUACAAUUUAUUGCCAACACUUUAAAAAUAUUAAGGAGUUCGUUGCAAUCAAUCAUAGUUCCUGAAUAUAAGUUACAAUCACUUUCAAGCUUAAGUGAACUCAAGAGCAUAGAAGAAAUGCACCACUUUUCCCUCAAUGCAUUAGAUCAAAUCUUACAAAUAAAAGAUAAGAAAUAUACUCGAAAUAUGAUUUGGGACUGUAUCAUUCCUAUUGGAACUGGAAUAUGUAAAGUAGCUGCAGGUUAUUUGAUGCAUAUAAUAACAAAGUAUCAAAACACUGGAAAUGCAUUUGGAAAUGCAUUAAUUAAGGAAGGCUUAAAUGAUUUAACAAAUGGAAUAUAUACUUUACUACCACGGUUUUUUGAGUGGAAACUUUAUACACAGUGCAAGCUUAUGAAUUUAUUUUCUUCCGUCUGUGCUUUUGGUUUAAAAACUCUUAAAAAAGGUGCUAACGUAGCAAAAUUUGCUUAUAAAAUUAUUAAGUCAAACCUGGGUUUUAAUAUGAAAAUAACGAACAUGUCUGAGGAAGCAUUAAUUAAAACUACGGCUCUCAAUUUAGCAGAAAAGAAAGUAACUAGACUCACUGCAGCGAAAACUAUAGAAAUAGUAUGUCAUUCCUUUGCCAAUGUAGGAAUUGUUUUAUUUAUGGAAAAUUGUCUUCGAAAAUUAUGUGAAGAAAUGGACACUAUGAUUUUAUCUACUAUAGAACAAGAGAUCGAGAUUGAGCUCUGUAAUAUUUCCGAAAAUCUAGAAAAACUCUAUAAUUUAUUGGGACAACAUAAAGCACUAAACGUUAUAAAUGGGCUGACGAACAGUUUUUUUAAUAGUCAAGGUAACUUGGAACAAUUUAUAUCUAUUACCUGUAAUAUAGCGGAAAGUGUAGCCCACGACGUAGGGAAAUCAGUUGUUGAAACUAAUAAAAUACACAUCAUGCCUAAAUUUUCCAAAUCAGCAGUGGAAAAAAUAAUGUACAAGUUAAAAAAAUCAUCACAUAUAACCAAUAUUAGAACGAUAACUAAAAAUCUAUUAAUCAACUUAAAUCAGAAAAUAAUAGACAAACUAAAUAAACAAAUAAAAGAAGAAGAAUUGGAACUUCUUAAUCAGAAACUGGAAACAAACGAAAAUUUUAAAUGCUUUGAAAGAGAAGUUGUGAACCAAUGGAAAUCUAUGCUUCGCGAAAAUGUUAGUCAAAUUAUCGAAAAACAUAUCGUCAGCCCUAUUUCAAAGAAGGGAGUUAAUCACCUAAUAAAACAUGUGAGAAAAAAUAUACAACGAGUGCACACAUACUACACAGAGCAAGGUUAUUCUGAAAAUUUUGAACAAUUGAAGCAGAUUUGUAUGAAAAAUCUGCUUCAAAAAGCUGAUGAAGCAAAAGAAAUUGAAGAACAAAUUACAGAAAAAUAUCAUAAGGAUUUGAUAAAACUCUUAACCAAAACUAAGAACCCUGAAUUGUAUGCAGAUAUGAUCGAAGAAGGUAUACCAAUGGAUAUCGCAUGUAUAGGUGCGAGUACUCAAAUAAUAAAACGGUUGCUAAAAAACAAUGGAUAUAAAAAAGAUAUAAAAAUUGUUAUUGAAGAGAAUAAUGGAAUAAAACAGGAAUUCUUUUCUUUGUCAGAGGAACAAGAAUGCAUAACAAUUUCGCUUAAACUGAAAGAUAAUUAUUUUAAUAUAUGUAAAACCAAUACUUCCGAAAACGAUAAUAGUGAAUCAAAAAAUAAUUGUUUAUAUGAGGCUGUAUUAAAAGAAUUUUCUCCAUUGAAGGAUGCAAUGUCACGAGAACAAUUUAGAACAGAAGUAAUUGAUUGUAUUAAAUCAGAUAAAGAGAUACGUAAUUAUAUAAAGAAAGGAGGGCAUCAAACUCACUCGUCACUUAGACCAAUUGAUAGUGGACUUCAGAAGUUAGAAAAAACAGAAAACAAAGACUUGUCCAUUGCAUUGAAUGAAGACAUUUAUGAUUUUGAACAAUAUCGUUAUAUGAGAAAAAAGCGCAAUUUUUACAAACAUAUACUUCGUCGAUUUGUACGCAAUUGCUAUUUGUCACAGUGCCAUCCUAAAUUUGCGCAUUUUCUAAGUCAAGUGCAAAAUGAUACAAAAUGUUCCAAUGAAUGGCAUGGAGAAACUGAAAGUAUAGAUGUAUUUCCAUCACGAAAUGUGAAUAUAUCUACAAAUACAACUUAUACAGAGUCCUUUACCGCAGAAGAUGCUACGAUAUUAAAAGAUAUUAGAGAUGAACUUAAAACCACAAUUAAAUUAUUUAUUGCCAAUGAAAAUGUUAGCGAUGGCGAUCUGGAGUUCUGGAAUAUUUUCUUAGGUGAUAAUUCGGUUAAGCUUUUAUUUGGCAAGAAUCAAAACGGCUCUACAGAUUCUACAGACAAGUAAAGAGAUCAGAAUUGAAAAAUUUUUUUUUCAAUUCUAAAUAAAUAAAUUUCCGUUUACCAGUUGUAACCAAAUUUUAUA